UUAGUGUUCCGCGUAAAGAUGGCGGAGUAUGUGAACAUCGUCCGAAGGGCUUUGGGGCAGAUAGGAGGUCAUGGAGGAGUCAAAGGACUUCUGGUCCAGCUCUUCAGGGCGAACGAUAUUAAGACAGGAACCCUGAUCGGCAUCGAUAAAUAUGGGAACAAAUACUUCGAGGACAGCAAGCAUUACUUCUUUGGACGGCACCGCUGGGUGAUCUACACCACGGAGAUGAACGGAAAGAACACCAUGUGGGAGGUGGACGGCAGCAUGGUGCCCGCUGAAUGGCAUCGCUGGCUGCACUGUAUGACAGACGACCCCCCCACCACGCACCCACCAGAGCCCAAGAAGUUCCUGGCUGAGGUGCAUCAGUUCAACGUGAGCGGCAGCGCGCAGCAGUACGUUCCCUACUCCACCACCCGCAAGAAGAUCCACGAGUGGAUUCCACCUAAAGCCGGAUCUCAGUGACGUCCCACUGAGUAUCUCACCUUCCACAUUGUAAAUUAUGGUAUCCUGCCUUCAACUAGUCCUCAAUAAAUCUCUAUACAUACAUUUAUGA